ACGCGGGGCGGGGGCCUCGGGGCGCGGGGCGGGGCCGAGAUGCCGGGGGCGCGGGGCGGGGGUCCCGGGCGCGGCGACACUCCAGCCGGCAGACCCUGGAAGGGUGGGGCGGGGGGCGGGCCCGCCAAGUCCCGGAAGUCGCGCUCUCGUGGGUCUUCGUGAUUGGCUGGGACAGAAUCGAGCAGGGUUGUCCCGCCUCCUUGAGGCGGCUAUUGGCCCAGGACCCUGCCUGUCUGAGCGGCCCCACCCGCCCGCCGUCCUCUGGCGGCCGUUGGAAUCGCGGCCCUGCCCACCCGCCGCCGCGUCCAGGGCGGUGUCCCCGCGGUCUGUGGCCGCGGACACGGCAGGGCGGAAGGAGGCCAGAAUCCUAAGCGGGACGGGCCAGGGCCGCUGCACAGGUCAGGCACGGAGCGAUGGCAGCCCCAGCGACCUCAGCACCCUCGGCCCCACCCGCCCCGGUCGCGCCUGGUGACCUCUCGGAGGGCGGGAGUCGGGGCCCUCCUGACCUCCCGCCGGAGCCCAAGCAGCUCCCAGAGCUGAUCCGCCUGAAGCGAGACGGAGGCCGCCUGAGUGAUGUGGACAUCAGGGGCUUCGUGCGCGCCGUGGUGGACGGGAGCGCGCAUGGCGCGCAAAUCGGGGCCAUGCUCAUGGCCAUCCGACUGCGAGGCAUGGAUCUGGAGGAGACCGUGGCGCUGACCCGGGCCCUGGCCACGUCCGGACAGCAGUUGGAGUGGCCGGAGGCCUGGCGCUCGCAGCUCGUAGACAAACACUCCACAGGAGGAGUGGGUGACAAAGUCAGCCUGGUCCUGGCACCUGCCCUGGCUGCCUGUGGCUGCAAGGUACCAAUGAUCAGCGGACGCGGUCUGGGGCACACUGGGGGCACACUGGAUAAACUGGAGUCUAUUCCUGGAUUCACUGUCAUCCAGAGCCCAGAGCAGAUGCAAGGGCUCCUGGAGCAAGUGGGCUGCUGUAUCGUGGGUCAGAGCAAGAAGCUGGUUCCUGCUGAUGGAAUCCUUUAUGAAGCCAGAGAUGUGACAGCCACUGUUGACAGCCUGCCACUUAUCACAGCCUCCAUCCUCAGUAAGAAGGUGGUGGAGAGCCUGUCUGCUCUGGUGGUGGAUGUGAAGUUCGGAGGGGCCGCAGUCUUCCCUAGCCAGGCACAGGCCCGGGAACUGGCAGAAGUGCUGGUUGGCGUGGGAGCCGGCCUGGGGCUUCGGGUCGCGGCGGCUCUGACGGCCAUGAACAGCCCCCUGGGCCGCAGCGUGGGCCACAGCCUGGAGGUGGAGGAGGCGCUGCUUUGCAUGGAUGGUGCCGGGCCGCCGGACCUGCGAGACCUGGUCACUAGGCUCGGAGGGGUCCUGCUCUGGCUCAGCAGACAGGCGGAGACCCAGGACGAAGGCGCCGCCCGGGUGGCCCAGACCCUGGACGACGGCUCAGCCCGGGACCGGUUCGAGCGGAUGCUCGCGGGGCAGGGCGUGGACCCGGGCCUGGCCCGAGCCCUAUGCUCUGGGACUCCCGCGCAGCGCCGGCAGCUGUUGCCCCGCGCCCGGGAGCAGGAGGAGCUGCACGCGCCCGCAGACGGCACGGUGGAGCUGGUCCAGGCGCUACCGCUGGCGCGCGUGCUGCACGAACUCGGGGCCGGGCGCAGCCGCGCGGGGGAGCCACUCCGGCCGGGGGUGGGCGCCGAGGUGCUAGUCAGCGUGGGUCAGAGACUGCGCCGCGGGAUGCCGUGGCUUCGCGUGCACCUGGACGCGCCCGCGCUCAGCGCCGCGCAGCGCCGCGCUCUGCAGGAGGCGCUGGUGCUCUCGGACCGCGCGCCCUUCGCCGCCCCCUCGCCCUUCGCAGAGCUCGUUCUGCCGCCGCCCAGGACCAUGUCCACCCACACGCAGCAAUGAAGCCGAGAGUGCCAAGUCCUAUCCAUGCCUGUGGGGAGAUUAAUAAAGGGAAACCUUUAAAACGGGGUCCAGAGGACAGGAGGGAGAGUGCCACAUAGCGCCGGCGGGCAGUUACAGGAAGAGAGUCCGGGACAGGCCCCAAAAGAGAAUCCUCAGUACAGGAAGAAAUGUGCGCUGCAUUCCAAGCAAAUCACCGCCCCAGCCUGAACUCUCCUUUCCUCCAAGAGACUUUGAUUCAAAACCCUCCUAACUUCCUCCUUCUUUUCUACAAAAUAACAUUCUCCUGUCUUGUUUGCUAGAUUUGCCUAUGGUCCGCCAUAGCUUGCACAACCGGAAUUGCAAUUCUUUGGCUAUUUCUGAAUAAACUCAUUUUGCCGGUAGAA